AUUAACAAUGAGGGUCAAACAAUAAUCUAGUACAACUGGAUACUAGGAACACCUCCGAAGUGAAUGGGAAUGAGUUGGACCUGUAAUAACAAAACAACAGCAUCAAUAUAAACAUCUCCUUUUCUUUACUGCGUAUACAAUAAACACACAUCUACCCUAUUCUAUCACCAUCAGCCAGCCUUUUUUUGUUUCGGUGGGUGUUAUUAUUACUACUGCUGCUACUUUUCAUGGCUUCGACAUUGCUGUUGGUCAUUGUGUUUCUGCUUGAUCUCGUUGCUUUUGCUCUUGCUGUUGCUGCGGAGCAGAGAAGGGCUUCUGCAACAAUCACCGAUGAUGGGACUGACAGCUAUUGUUCUUACGAAUCGGAUAUUGCUACCGGCUUGGGUGUUGGAUCAUUACUGUUCCUCUUGGCUAGUCAGCUGCUCAUAAUGAUCGCUAGUCGAUGCCUAUGUUGUGGCGGAGCAUUAAAGCCUGGUAAAUCCAGGGCAUGGUCGAUUGUCCUAUUCAUCCUGUGCUGGCUGACAUUUAUCAUUGCUGAGGCCUGCUUGCUAGCAGGUUCAGUGAGGAAUGCCUACCACACAAAAUACAGGACAUCUAUAGUGGUGGAUCCCCCAUCUUGUGAGACUUUGAGGAAGGGAGUCUUUGCAGCAGGGGCUGCUUUCAUCGUUUUUACAGGCAUUCUAUCUGAGUUCUAUUAUGUCAGCUUGUCAAAGGCAAAUGACGGUUUUUUGCCUACUAAUGGAGAUGGGGGCAUAAGGAUGGGAGCCUAUAAUUGAACUUGGGGAAGGACACAACAUAUAUUCUAGAUUUAUUUCAUAUAUCGAACUUGUGAAUCCUGGUUAAAGUAUGAUCAGAAUGUGGAUAUUCUAGAUACAUAUAGACUUACUAGAGUUAUAAUACUAUAAAUGAAGUAAAACUGUCCGACUUGCGCCAUUUGAUCUGGUAUGUUUCUUGUCUAUUAUGUACUAGGAUUAAUGGUAUAUAUCUUGUUCUUGUUUUUUUUCCCCAGUUCAUUUCGUUGUAUGCACUGCUUGAAUUGAAUGUAUGACUAUCCUAGUAAAUUUGGGAUGCUGUUCUUUUAA